AUGACUGGUAUUGAUUUUGGUGUUCUAAAUGGUCCUAAAAGACAUAGAUUCACAAAUGAUAUUAUUGUACUUGGUGUAAAACCUACAAAUAAAUAUAAUACUUCUUGUGUAUAUAAGGCUUGUGAUGAAAUACUUGGCUGUGAAGAAACUUUAAAGAAUCUAAUUACCAAUAAAAAAAAUAUUGUUAGAAAUCACCUUAAAAAUUGUAAACAUUUUCAUGCAAAAAAAGGAUCAGAAGAAGCAGUAAGUGCUUAUUGUAAUAAGACAGAUGAUAAAGAAAAGCAGGCUUCACAAACUUUAAGAAAACACCAAAAUGCUGACACAUCAGCAAUUGAUAUUAGUUCAGAGCGAGAGCGAGUAAUUGAUAUUAUUCCUAAAAUUGAGAAAAUAAUCAAUGAUACAUUAAAUAUAGGGGCCAAACUAUUAGCAAUAGUUUCCAAUAGUGCACUAGUAUAUGCUGCAGCUAG